CCAUUCAGGACAAUUUUGUGAACAUGCAAAAGGAAAACUUGAAGAAAUUGUUAUAGAAGCCAUUAAGAAAAAGUUUUUGGUUUACGGAUUGUCUGAACACUGUCCUAGAUAUAGAGUACAAGAUUUAUAUCCAGAAGAGUCACAUCUUCAACCAUCAGACCUUUCCAAAACCUUUUCCGAAUUCGUAAUAGAAGCACGUCGACUUCAAGAAAAAUAUAAAUCACAAAUAACUUUAUUAGUUGGUUUAGAAACGGAAAAUAUAACAAGUUCAUCGACAACCGAAAUUAAAAACUUAAUUUCCCAACAUGAUCUUGAUUAUUUAGUUGGAUCAAUUCACCAUGUUCACGAAACACCAAUUGAUCUUGAUUUAGAAACUUUUGAAAUUGCGCUUUCAAAAUCAGCUUCAUCAAAUAAUCUUAUUGAAAGUAAUGUUGUUAAUUCACUCGAAGAAAACUUAUUUGCAUCAUAUUUUGAUAGUCAAUACCAAUUAUUAAAAGAUCUUAAACCAAUGGUUGUUGGGCAUUUUGAUGUUAUUCGUAUAUUUAGGCCAAACUUUGAAUUAACAGAUUUUUUGAUUAAGAAAAUUGAGAGAAAUAUAGAGUUGGUUGUAGAGUAUGGAGGAUUGUUUGAAAUUAAUUCAGCAGGAUUUAAAAAGUUACAAUGUGCUUAUCCUCAGAGAGAUAUUUUUAAGUUGAUAAUAGAAAAAGGCGGAAAAUUGACAAUUUCUGAUGAUUGUCAUAGUCCCCAAUCUGUUGGUAUGAAUUACCAUAAACUUUACGAUUAUUUAAAAGAAUUCAAUAUCAAUGACUUAUAUUAUUUGGACAUUGAUCUUGAGAAACCAAAACAGGAUAGAAAGGUUGUUGUAAAGGUUAUGAAAAAUGUAUUAGAUCAUGAUUUUUGGAAUGGGGAGUUGUAA